AUGGCCGUCCCCGUCCGCCGCCGCCGCUACCACUGGCCCGAACUCCAGCUCAACAUCUGGAUCAUGAUCGUGUUCUCGGCGUCCGCGAUCUGCCUCGGCGUCUUUGCCUGGUUCAUGGCCGUGCAGACCGAGCUGAAGCUCGGCAUACCAUGGUACUUACCCAACCCCAAGCUUAAGAAGCUUUAUACUGACGGAAUACGCGGCAGGCUCUUCCCGUUCAUGGUCGUCUCCGGCGCCCUGGGCGUCUUCUUCAUCGUGCUCAUCCUCUUUCUGGCGGCGAAGCGCUUCCUCCUGCCGGGCAUCAUCAUCGUCGGCAGCUUCAUCCUGUUCGUGCUGUGGCUGACGGGGCUGAUCGAGACCUCGCUGCAGUUGUUUGGCGUUGUCGGGAACGUCGACGAUAACUGCCAGAUCUACGUAAGACUAUCUGUAUGUGCGGCGCAUUGCCCUAUCCUCCUCCCCCUGGCUGUGUCUGGAUUGUGCUGA